GAAAAAUGCUGUUUGAAAGUACUAUGCCUGCCAAAAUGUAUCCAUACAAUGUGCCUCCACCGAUACAGGGCCCAACGGCGGUUCCCGUACCGAACAUAAGAUUGCACGGAGCCACUUUUGGUGCCGGAACGCUAGACCCGAAUGGACUUUUGGACACACACGAACUUCACCCAACACUGGUACCACUGAAACCGACUCUACUCACAACUCAGGCAGCCGCCCCGACCGUAACCCAGCAGCAACAGAUUCAGCAACAGAUCCAGCAGCAACAGGUACAGGCACAGGUUCAGCAACAACAACAGCAGGCACAGCAACAGGCACAACAGCAAGCUCAGCAGCAGGCACAGCAGCAGGCUCAGCAGCAGCAGGUGCAGGCGCAACAACAGCAGCAGGUGAAUGGAGCGAGCGCCAACGGUUGCCCCAAGGGAGGCAAUGCCAGCAAUGGCAGCUCAUCAGGCCGCUCGACACCGAACAACGGUAGCGACCCGGCGCCGGGGAAACUGUUUGUUGGAGGAUUGAGCUGGCAAACGUCGUCCGAAAAGCUGAGCGAGUACUUCGGCAUGUUUGGCACGGUUACGGACGUACUGAUCAUGAAGGAUCCCGUCACACAGCGAAGCCGAGGGUUCGGUUUCAUCACAUUCCAGGAACCGAACAGCGUGGACAAAGUUCUACAGGUACCAAUCCACACGCUCGACGGUAAGAAGAUUGAUCCGAAACACGCUACACCGAAAAAUCGACCCAAGACGCAGUCAAACAAAACGAAGAAGAUUUUUGUUGGUGGCGUAAGCCAGGACACGUCAGCCGAGGAGGUGAAGGCCUACUUCAGCCAGUUCGGCAAGGUCGAGGAAACGGUGAUGCUGAUGGAUCAGCAGACGAAGCGCCACCGCGGGUUCGGUUUCGUCACGUUCGAGAAUGAGGAUGUCGUCGAUCGGGUGUGUGAAAUUCACUUCCACACCAUCAAAAACAAGAAGGUUGAGUGCAAGAAGGCCCAACCGAAGGAGGCGGUUGCUCCGACCGCACAGCAGCUGCUGCAGAAGCGCAUCAUACUGGGCAAUCUGGGCGUUCCGAUGGCAGCGGCCGCACCGAAUUCGGCCGCCGCUGCACGUCUCGUUGGGGCGGCCCAGGCAGGCGGUAAUCCGGGUCUGGUGAAUCCGCUCGCAACCAACCAGCUGUUGGUGCAGGCGCAGGCUCAAGCUGCCCAGGCUGCUGCGGCAGCCGCCGCCAUGCAAGUACAAAAUGGUUUCGGCAAAGUCUUUACUACAUAUCCACCGCAACUGCAUAGCUUUAGAUACUCGCCAUACUCCAUUCCAUCGGCAGCAGCCGCCGCCGCGAAUGCAGCCGCCGCUGUUAAUCCACUGUCGGGCGUGGCCGCCAGCCAGGCCGCCCAGGGUCAGCCGCAACAGGUGCCGCAUCCGACGUCCGUGGCCGGAGCAACGGUGGCUACGCAAGCUGCCCCACAGCAGACGAGCCAGCAGGCAGCAGCCGCCGCACAGAUGGCCGCCGCCGGGCUGACGAGCCCUUACCCGGGAUACAGCCUGACCAACGUUGAUAUGUCGAGCUUCCAGGGCGUCGACUGGGGUUCGCUGUACGGCAUGGGAAUUAUCGCACACGGUACAAGAUUUGGUGUUCAUUUGGAACAUGACCGACCCGCUGGUAGUCAACCCGGAAAUAGAGUUACCACAGCUGGAUAUCAGCAACAACUACACCACCGACUGCACGAUCGAGUACUCGACCGGUAA